CUGAGCAGUGAAUAUGACCACCAAGGCUACUACAUUUGCCACUACAACAACUCGAGCCACAGGAAAGAAGAAGAAGCUUCUGUCUAUGUCUUUACUCUUGCACAAACGGAUAUGAAAUUUGCAAGCGGGCACCGCUUCAACCCAGUGCAUGUUGAGGAGGGAGAGGAGACCGCCCUCGACUGCCGCCCCACUUCGCCAGGACAUGACGUCCGAAUCUUCAAGGAUAAUCAAGAGGUGACCGCAGAUUUCCCGUUUGACCCCAGGAAGGGAUUCACCUUCCAGGGCAUCACCGUCCACCACCAAGGAAAUUACACUUGCAUAAUUGAUAACAGCCAAAAGAAUUUUACUCUCACUGUGAAGCCGACGCAGAUGGUAAACAAGCCGUACAUCCGCGCGGCGUUGGCGACUCCUGCCGUCCUGGGCUCCCCGCUCGUGCUCGCCUGCAUGGUCACUGGCUACCCCAGCGUCCGGCACCGAUGGACGUCGCCACGGGAGGGCGCUAACUUGUCACAGGCGAAGGCAAUCCCAAACUGCGCCACGAAGCUCAAGGGCAACGUCAGCUGCCUCCUGCUCCCGAGUCUCUCUGUCGCUGACCAGGGCGAGUACGAGUGUGAGACAUCCAUGGGCGGAAAAAAGAGUUCCACAAGCACGUUCGCUCUGAAAGCAAUCGAGCAUUUGGAUCCCUACGUUCAGUUGAACCUCGAGUCAACGCAGACCAACGAGGUGAUCGAGUCGAAGGGCAGGAACGUGACGUGGAAUCUGGAAGUCCGUUCUUUUCCUCCUUUUCCGAACGUCACCUGCAGACACGGCGGCGAGACCUGCGAGUUGGAUCCAAUCAGCAUGGAUGGAGAGACAUCUCUUCGCCUAGUGAACAUAUCAGGCGUCGACCAUGGCUCCUACGAGAUCGAGGUUAGGGCUGGAACCCUUACGGACAUGAUCUCCCUUUAUCUGCUUGUCCUUGAGCGUGAUACACGAGGACCUGCGUGGCUCCAACAACACUCUUCAGGUCAAUGUCACGUAUACACAGUGGCAGGGAGUCGCGGAUAUUCGCUACGAGACCUGGAAUGGCCACGGCGCUGCACCACGAUGUCUGUGGAAGUCGUGGUUUUAGACAUCAGCGACCCCGUCGUGUUCGAGUACAGCGCGGGCGCAAGAGCAACCAACGUGACUGAUGCCGCAGUCCGUUUGGUGGAAAAUGACAGUCUGAACGUCACUUGCGCCGCUUCCAAUUUCGAUUAUGAGAACCUAACCCUAAAGUUUUUUGGAAAAAACGGGGUGGACUCGACUGGAGAACCGCCAAGAUCCAUGGACGCCUCAACACCACAUUCUCUCAAGGCGGUGUUUGUGAGCCAAGGAGUGAGUCGCGCCUUGGAAGGACACUUUGAGUGUGUUCUGCACAAGAAGGAUGGCAACAAGCAGGUCCGCAAACUGAGGCUAGUAGUUGUGGGGUCCAACUGGCAACCGAUUGUCCUUCUUUCACUUCCUCUGUUGCUGUUCAUCAUUGUGGCGAUCGUGCUUGGUCGCCGCGUCUGGAGGGACUGGCGCACCAAGAAGGAACUCAGGGACAACGUGGCUUUCCUGUUCAGGAAAGGAAAGUUGAACGAACUGAACUCCGACUGCACGGCGGACGAGCAGGCGGAGCUCCUUCCCUACGACUGCAAGUGGGAGGUUUCGAGGAGGGACAUCCAUCUGGGAAGACAACUGGGAUCGGGUGCUUUUGGGCGUGUGGUUAAAGCUGUGGUGACGGGCGCUGCGGCCGAAAAGCACAAGUCCGAAGACGAGGACGGCCUGACUACGGCUUCCCCUUCGUCCUCGCUGGUCGUCGCAGUGAAGAUGUGCAAGAGCCAGCAGGACGCAUCGCACGUCCGCGCCCUCACCAUGGAGCUCAAAAUCAUGGCUUACUUGGGCAAACAUCUAAAUCUUGUUAACUUAAUUGGCUCCAACACUUCGCAUAUCGGCAGAGGAGAGCUGUGGAUCUUGGUCGAGUACUGUCGAUACGGAAGUCUUUUGUCCUACCUGCAUCGACAUCGCAAAGUAUUUAUCAACCAGAUCGACCCUGUGGACGGCACAUUUGACCCAAGGAUUUGCGACCAGACUUUCAGCUUCCCUGUGUUCCUAAGGAGUGAUAGCACCGUUCAACAUAGUCUGACAGAUACUAGUAACUUCAAGACAGUCCAAAGUUGCGACACCGCAGGCACUUACCUCGAGAACGACGGCGGAUCACCGAGCCGAGAAGUAUUUCACCCAGCCAGUAAUCCGCGUUCUUCUGACCCGUGUCUCGGCAUCGACUCCCACGGCCAGCAAGUGGUGUACGACAAGAGCGGAAUUCCCGGGGAGAGCUCGCCCUUCACCACCUCCUCCUUGGUGUGCUGGGCGUGGCAGGCGGCGCAGGGAAUGGACUACCUCGCCUCCAGAAGGGUCGUGCACCGAGACCUUGCUGCAAGAAACCUGCUCCUCGCAGACAACAAUGUUGUUAAAAUUGGUGACUUUGGAAUGUCGAGGGAUAUUUAUAAGACGGAGGCCUAUGUGAAGCAGAGUGAUGACCUAGUGCCCAUCAAAUGGAUGUCCGUGGAGGCCAUUCGUGACCGUUUCUUCACUGUGCAGAGCGACGUGUGGGCCUUUGGAGUGACUCUGUGGGAACUCUUCAGCCUGGGGUCGGUGCCUUACCCGGGCAUGCAGAUCGGGCCAGACUUCCUGAAAGACCUGGAAGCAGGACUCAGGAUGGAGAAACCCAAAUAUGGGAAUGAUGACCUGUACGACCUGAUGCUACAGUGCUGGCAAGAGGAUCCAACACGCCGUCCGAGUUUCUCUGCACUUUCAGAGGCUCUGGAAGCCCUCCUGGAACCCGAGGUCACACAAAACUAUGGGAAUAUGAAUCAGUUUUACCAGCGGCUGAAUGAGGAGAGGUUCAAGGAGGAAACUGAUUACCUGGACAUGUUCACUCGCCCGGAUUACCAAAACCUCAUCCAACUGAAUGACAAACCUCCGGCGCAGGAUCAAGAGAACGAAGCAGAAUCGCUGUGGCUUCAGGAUCGAGAAAUGCAAUGUUCACCCAUCGCAGAAGAAAUCAAAGACGAUUAUCUCUCAAUGAAGUCCUAUUAAUCUUAGAUUUUCAUUUCAUCAAAGAUUAAGAAGGAUUUAAUUGAAAAGUCCGAAUCUAUUUCAGCGGACGUACUAAUUGCAUUUUGUUAUUUGAUUUCCUCAAAUUCAACGCGUGAUUAACUACUAUUGCUGAAUUUAGCUUAGCAUAUUUAUCCAAUUGUAGAGAUCUCUAAAUAUUGGAAAAAAAUAACUAAAGAGAUCUUUCAUUCUAUGUUCAAUAUUUUUGAGUUUGCGCAAAACAAGAAAAAAACGCGACCUUUAACUUCCCUGUGAUGGCAUUGAAUGGAUUUACACGGUCAGUAAAAUACAUUACAAGAUGUAGUUUUAAAAUAGAAUGACACUGACAAGUAUA